AUCGGUUGUCUGCAGACCCAGAUCAGCCAUUGUGACACUCACUGGAACAUGAGUCGUCUUGCAUCUUUCAAGGGACCGUCCACACCAACUUCCUCCCCAGUCAGAGCAAAAGAUCGUCAACACCGUCCUCGCCUUCCAGGCUCGCGGAAUCGACCUAUCAUCGAAAGGUUCGCACGCUUCUACAAGAGAUGCGAGUCGCGACAGAGACAUGGGAAGAUAUGUGAUAUUCGACGGGCUCAAGGCGGCGAAGUCACUUGUAGACGCGAGGACUGACUUAGAUAACCCUCGCGACGAACGAGCUGCCCACCUACCAGCCACCUUUAGGGACAAGUUUGCAAUGAUGGAACAAGAUAUCAUGAUCCUUGCGUGUCGUCGAGAAGCUCGUGAGCAUGAUGCGCCUAAAACGAAGAAGCAAUUCCAAAGAAUGAACACGAUUUUGAAACUAGAAGCCGUGCUCUUCGAAGCCACAAAACAAAAGGAUGGCAGUUGUCCAAGAGCCCCUAUGGGUGUCUUGGUCAUGGACAAGUUUGGUAUGACUACAUUCAUCUCAACUCAUUCGGAUCUGACUGGUAAUCGCAGUGACAACGAUAUCAGUAUACUCAUACCUUACCAUCGAUCCCUCUUGAUGCAUGAAGAGCUUACCAGCAUUUGCGAAGCCAUGAAGCACCUUCGAGGAUCACGGCGAGCUUUGGCAGAAUGGGCCGCCCAACCGUACCUUGAAGAUCAUAGCUGGGAACAGAAUGGGAGGAUCUGUGCGCAGUAGAGAUCGACCGUUGGAAC